AUGUUUUCCAGUGCAUCCUCGACGUACAACCUCAAGCGACCCGCACGGUGCAUCGCUGCGUUGGCGCCGCAAGAGGAGUCACCAGAAGAAGAACAGCAGGGUGGCAUCAGCAGCUCGCGCUUUGUAGUCGGCACGUGCAGCUUGCGGGAACCCAACGAGCUGCACGUCUUGGGAUUCCACGAAGAGAGCAACGAACUAUUGUGUCAUCAGGCUCUUUCACAUCCGAACGAGAUUUGGGGAGUUAGCCCUUCACCGACAGACCCUUCGCUGCUGGUAACCUGCAGCAAUGGCGCCAAGGCUGGACAGAACAACGGGGGCGUGGGUUUCAAGGUGAGCCUGUGGAGAUUGCCCACGCCUGACCCCAAUGACGACCCCCUCCACGAGCACGUCAUGGGUGGGGAAAGGGGGCACCCGCUCGAACCAAUUGGAGAACCGCUCGCCGAGUUGGGGGGGCUGAAGGCGGCGGCCACGGCGAUGUUGUGGAGUCCACCGGGCGGGGGGUCAACGUCAUCGCGAGGGGGGGCAGGAGAAUUCGUUACGCUAGCGGAUGGGCUUUUGAAGCGGUGGAACUUGGGUGAUGGAAGGUUUGAAGAAGCGGGCUCGGCAACUGUUUGUGAGGGCGGCCAGGGCGGCGGCGCCACCGCCGCCGGGCGGGGAGCGCCUGCGGCGGCGUGGGACCCGCACCGCCCGGUGGAGGUAGCGACGGCCGCGUCGUGUAGCGUCACGUGUUGGGACCUUCGAACGAUGAAAGCUACAACCUCGGUGGCCGAAGCGCACCGUUUCGCGGUUCGAGACUUGGACUACAACCCGAACAAGCCCUUCUGCCUGGCCACGUGUGGCGAGGACCGGCUCAUCAAGUUUUGGGACCUGCGGAGACCGAACGCUCCCGUGAAGACCAUCGUCGGACACGACCACUGGGUAAACACCGUCAAGUACAACCGUUUCCACGACCAGUUGCUGGUCAGCGGUAGCUCGGACUGCAUGGUGCACCUCUGGCGGGUGUCUUCCGUCUCUUCCGCUCCUUUGCUCGAGCCCGAGGACGACGAUGCCGGUGGACUCGAUGGCGACGCUGGUGGGGACAGCGGGGGAGGAUUUGGCGGUGGCAGCAAUGGGUCGAAGGGGGAAGCUGCUGACAUCCGAGUGCGAACCUUUGACGAGCAUGAGGAGAGCGUGUACUCGCUCGCCUGGAGCGCGUCCGACGCAUGGGUUAUGGCAUCGCUGUCGUACGACGGCCUCGUGGUGCUGAACCACGUGCCGUCCACGGAGAAGUACAAGAUUUUACUCUGA